AUGAUGUGGUCCGCGAGAAGUUGGCUGGCAGCUUUAUGCCUGUUGCCAGAGACAGUCCUUAGCGCCAACCUGCUUGUAUCCCACUUCAGCGGCAGUAUCUACUCGCUCUCGUUAAAGACAAGCAAUGGGAAAGGACAGCUGGCUAUCACAUCCACUCUGCGAGCAGGUGGCCUCACGCCCAGCUGGUUGACACUGGAUUCUGCGACUGGCAACCUAUACGUGACAGACGAGGCCCAGUAUGGUGCCCCUGUGCUCACUACGCUCAAGGUCAACAACGACAACAGCGUACAGUUGGUCAGCACCGCGCCAACAAGCGGUGGUGGAGUUCACAGCUCGCUGUACGGAGGCAGCGAUGGGCGAGGGUUCUUUGCUGUGGCUGAAUAUGACCCCUCGACAAUAACAACCUACAGGCUGCCCCUGUCCGGAAGCUCCAAGCAGGUCCAGAAACUCGCCUUCAACAUGUCCGCCCCGGGACCGGACCCCUACCGCCAGGACAAGCCGCACCCACACUCCGUCUUCGCCGACCCGACCGGCAGGUUCCUGCUCAGCGCAGACCUGGGCGCAGACCUGAUCCGCAUCUUCAGCAUCGACGCCUCAACCGGCCAGCUCACCAGCUGCCCCGCCGCCGCAGCGGGAGCCGGCGACGGCCCGCGCCACGGCGAGUUCUGGGAGUCGCCCUCGGGCGCCUCGUACCUCUACAUCGUCAACGAGCUCGCGGGGUCCGUCACGACGUGGGCCGUGACGGCCCCUGCCGCCGGCUGCCUCGGCCUGAGCGAGAUCCAGUCGUCGCCGACGUACCCAUCGGGCAAGACGCCGCCCGCCGGGUCCAAGACGGCCGAGGUGCACAUCUCGGGGGGGUACGUCUACGCGACCAACCGCAACGACCAGUCCUUUGGCACCCAGCAGGACUCGGCUGCCACGUUCGCGAUCGACCCGGCCUCGGGGAAGCUCUCGUUCGUGGAGGCGACGAACACGCACACGUACUUCCCGCGCACGUUUGCCAUCAACAAGGCCGGGGAUGCGGUGGCGUACGGGGGCCAGACCUCGUCGACUGUCGUGGUGGUCGCGAGGAACGUGACCACGGGGAGGCUGGGCGACGUGGUUGCCCAGCUGCAGGUCGGGGCGCCGGGGACGGUGAAUAAUGAGGAUGGGCUGAGUGCUGUUGUCUGGGAUGAGUGA